AGACGUUGCCAAGACUCAAACUUUGCUACCAACCGGCCACUACUAGCACCUCUACUACUACUGCACGGUCUUUGAUCUCGAAUCUCGAUCUGAUAUCCAUCUUCUCUCGCUCUUAAUCGUCGACACUCUCACAAAUCCACGCACCCUUUGGCCUCAGCUCAAUCCUUGUUUUUGCAGAGCAGAAAUGGGGUCUGUUUCGUUGAAGAUAGGAGACGGGACGGCCAGAUUCAAAAGGGCCACGCUCUGUUCCUCCGCCGUGAACGGCCUCAUGCUCUUCGCCGUAAUCUCCACCAAUCUGUUCGCUCUCUACGCUUUCACUUUCGCCCCAAAGAGCCAUCCAUUUCACCAUGGGCACAAGAACAUUUCACUCAUCUCCGAGCAGGUGACGCUGAUCCUCAGGGAGAUCGGUUCUUCUCAGAAGAAGCUCGCCCAGAUGGAGAAGGAGCUUCUCGGCUACGAGAGCAUCGAUCUUUCGAAACCCAAUAUCCCGGACGAGCUCAAGGUCUUUCUCAAUCGGCACCAGCUUCCGUUGGGGAAGGAUUCGAGGACUGGGAUCACAGAAAUGGUGGCUUCCGUCGGCCAUUCGUGCGAGAAAUCUGUGGAUUUGUUGGCUCAGUAUAUGAACUAUAAAGUGAAUGGGCCUUGCCCUGAUGAUUGGAGCCUCGGCCAGAGGCUGAUUCUGCAAGGCUGCGAGCCUCUGCCCAGAAGGAGGUGCUUUGCCAAGACCGUGCCUAAGCUGGGUUUGUUCUCUUUCCCUCUUUCUCUCUGGAAGAAUGCUAGUGAUAAGAUAUUUAACUGGAGUGGGCUUGGUUGCAAGAACUUAAACUGCCUGAAUUCCAAGAAAUUGAGUAAAGAUUGUGUCGGUUGUUUUGAUUUAGUUAAUGGGUUCGAGAAUCAGAGGUUUGUUAGGGCCAGGGGGAAGAACGAUUUCCUGAUUGAUGAUGUUCUGGGUAUGGGGAGUGGUGGGAUCAGAAUAGGGUUUGAUAUUGGUGGUGGGUCUGGGACCUUUGCUGCAAGAAUGGCCGAGCGGAACGUGACUGUUGUCACUGCCACAUUGAACGUAGACGCCCCCUAUAAUGAGUUCAUCGCGGCGAGAGGGCUUUUUCCUCUGUACUUGAGCUUGGAUCAUAGGUUCCCUUUUUAUGACAAUGUGUUUGAUUUGGUCCAUGCUGCCAGUGGAUUGGAUGUUGGCGGCCGCCCUGAGAAGUUGGACUUUUUGAUGUUUGAUAUUGAUCGGAUUCUGAGGGCCGGUGGGUUGUUUUGGCUGGACAACUUCUAUUGUGCCACGGAUGAAAAGAAGACAGCUUUAACCCGGUUGAUUGAGCGGUUUGGGUACAAGAAGCUGAAAUGGGUUGUGGGAGAGAAGGUAAACGGGUCAGGCAAAUCCGAGGUUUAUUUGUCUGCUGUUCUACAGAAGCCAGUGAGAGUAUGAUCCAUAUUCCAUGUCUAUGAGCUCUUAUCGGAGCUUUGGGAGUUUGUUGGAUGCUACUGCAUGUCGUGUGGCUUCUGUUCUAGUGUUGAUGCCAAGUUCCACUGUGACAUGUCCCGGAUCAAGCUGUUAAUCUGAUUUCUUGGGCUAGGUAAUGUGUUCUUGGACCAACUGACCCCCUAACUUUGAAGUGUAAACUUCACCUAGAUGCCCUGCGUUUUACUUUUGAUAUUUCAGGCCUCUAUGGUUCGUUAUUGUUUUUCGAUUAACCCCCCUUCUGUUACUCCAUGGACCAAGCUUUCUCAAACGGUGUCAUUUUUAACAGUCUCUUCUUUCUGUUUUCCUUUCUUUCUCACCAUGGAUGGUCCGAGGAAGCUCCAAGAUGAAAAAAUGGGGAACUUAGACCUUAGAAUGGACUCGCCUGAUGCCAUUCUGUAGUGGAAAUGUGAAAAAACUUGUGUUCAGGAUGGUGAGAGCGCGAGGCAGAUAUGCUACUUGGGGGUUGAACUUGCCUUUACCUCAAGGUGAAAAUGAUUGGGAACAAGCCGAAGCGGGAUUUAAGAUUUAAGGUUUAAGAAGAGUUAUCUUAAAAGCCUGCAACUUGAAGAAGUUUCCUUUCCUAGAUUGGUUGUGGCUAGCAAAUAGGCACUGAAAACUGCAUUUUGUUUAGCAGUAUGGAGAGAUCCUUGUAAACUGAUCUUCAUCUUCUCCUCUGGCUUCAUGUUGACAAGGCAGUUCGAUUCAUAAAUAAGCUUUUAGAUCCUUGUAUAAGCAUAAAAAUAGUAAAGAUGUUCCCCAAGAGUCGAGUCAAGUCAAGAAAAGUGUUGAUAAAGUUACAAGUUCUGAAAGUUAUAGAACUAUUCUGUAUCAACAGAGCUCAUAAACCAGAAUCUAGUCUUAAAGAUUUGGGGAAAAUUAAUUACCCUUAAAUUUUAUUUACAAAAUUAUUUUUAAAAUAUAUAAGACCAAAAUAGUUCUAUCCUGGGCAGUUUGGAAUAUAAUGAAUAUAGAAAUAUGCUACACGGUUUUCCUUCUCACCAUAUCUUUCAUUCCUGCUACAGCAAACUCCAUUUAAUGUUCAUACAUGCACUGCAACUUCAGGAACAAAUCUAAGACAAAAGUUCCUAAUCUAAUGGCAUCAAAGCUUCAGUAAGUACAUUUCUUGGCCUGGCUAAAGGUCCCCUUUUUAACUACAACAUCCGAAAUUUUCAGUCAAGCAAGCAAAAGAAAGCGCGCACAAACUAGUCGUCUGACCUACUAGAUCAUCGGUCAGGGCAUGGUGACUUGUGUUGAUCCAUUAGCGCCCUGAAUGCCAGCAUUCUUGAGAAGCUGCAUUCCCUCUUCGCUCAUUCUCUGAACCUCUGAAGGCGAUAGAAUUCUGAUGCAUCGAACACAGCUAACGAAUUCCCUGCAAGAACGUAGGAGUUGGAUGCAUCAGAAUGGAGUCUAACAAGAACAUCCAAUAUUGCAAAAAGGACCAAAACUGUAGUUAUUGGCUUUGGACAGUGAAAAGGGGAAAUUGAAAGAGGAAGAAGUCUUACUCCCAUGGAUCAUCCCCAACAAGUAGAACAUCAUUUUCGAAAUCCACGUACACAAGUUUCCAGCCAGAACCUCUGUCACUGAGCAGCCGCUCGAGUCCAAACAUACAUUCAAUGGCAGAGAGCAGCUCGUCAUAAUUCUUGAAACUUGAGACAUCAAUCGACCUUCCAACAGACCCGGCCUUUUGAAUCUGCCAGUAGCACGUAUUCAUCACUAUGGUUAAUGGGAAUGUUCAGGACAAAAGUUGGAUUCAUCUAACAGGAAUCGGAGGAAAACAUGCAUAAACAUGAACUAAAAAAACCCAGAACUAAUCCACCUCCAUCAAUAAAGAACAGAAGGGCCAACCACUUGUGACCACAGGGGGAUAAUCAAAUCAAUCCAUCUUGCCAAAAUAUUAUUCUAGACCUACUUAUUUGUACGGUCUAAUCUCUCAUUUAUUUCAUAUGCAGCAUUUACAAGUAGACAACAAUGAUUGAAAACCAUUUGUCAAAUGAAUUGGAUUCUCUGCACUUGGAGCAACCGUGAUGCCACCCCAAAUUAGAGCAACCGAGGGGAGAGCAAAUGAACCAGACAACAGCUCUAAUUUCUAUUCAACGGGUUCAGGAAGUUUAGUUUUUAUAGAGAAAUGAGUGAAGCUGAGGGCAAACCUUAAUAGCAACAAUCCAGUUGCUCUUUCGUAACUAAAGGCCAUAGGUUUUAGUCGUUAUACAGCCUCUUUGCAAAGCAAGUAUAAGACCUAUACAAACUAGAGAGCCACUUGCCAAAUGAUUGGCUUCUCCGCACUUGGAGCAACCAAUGGGAGAGCCAAGGAACUAGGAAAAAUCUCUAAUUUCUAUUAGGAUGAGCCUUAGUAGCAACGAUGAGAUUGCUCCUUUUGAGACUAAAUUGUUACAAGUUUGAGAGCAAAUAGGAAAUAGUCUAAUUUCUAUUAGGAUGAGCCUUAGGAAAUAGUCUCUUUGCAAGAGCAAAUAAAAGAUUGCAUUAGUAAAAUAACCUUCAAAAAGUGCGGAGUUUCAUGCAGUAGGAUGCCCUUUAGUGCAAUGUGUGGGGCACACAUUUUUUUAAGUAAACAUAAAAGGACGCCCCAAUCAAAAUAUGCUAUUAUGAUACCAUAAAAUUCUUACCUUGGUGUAAGUCCGUACCCGCGGACCUGCUUGUUGCCAUGCGCUUUUCUGCAAGAGACUGCUGUCAUCAAACUCCACAUUGCUCGAGGAUGCACCACCAGAGUUAUCUGGGAAUUCUUGCAAGGAAAAAGCUUGAGAGUCUGCUAGGCUGGCCGAUGUAAUCUGGGACUGAACAUCUUGGCUUGAACUGAAGUUGCCAACAAAAUAAUCUGAGGGGUUCUGGAAAGCAGCAUCUUUUGAUGUGCAAAAUUCAUCCAAGAUGGUGCUCGAAACAGAAGGAUCAACCACUGUGCUUCCACCAUUGCUGCCAUCAAAGUUAAGACAACUAUAUAUCUCACUCUGGUUAUGGCUUUCAUCCGAUGAAUCUCUCAAACCAUUAGAAUUAGAUCUACACUGAAAAUUGUAAGGAUCCUGCUGGGGUAACGGAGCAAGUUGGUUCGGCUGGGACAAACAUCUCAAAUUAGUAAGCUGGUGAUCCCACUCUUCAUGGUCCACCGAGGAUACAGCGGGCCUAACUGUCUCAGAGGUCACCACAGAAGACUCUUGCUUCCCGAAGACAGAUGAAGAAGGUCCAGGUGUCCUAAUAAUUCCAGCUAGAGGUUGGCAUGUAGCUGGGUUCAGAUUCCAAUCUUCAGCAUCACAGUAAGGAAGCAAACCAUUAAAACCAGUGCAGUCUAAUUGUUGGACAUCGAGUUGUCGAGAGUUGGCUACCAUUGGUUCCAACUGUGACUGUACAAGCCAUGGGCUAGUCUGCAGCUGGGAUAGAUAAUGGCUCUGGUUGAGGAAUGCAAGCUGAUUUACAAGAUUCUGUUGGUUUGUAAGAUUUGAAACUAAUCUAUCUUCACUGAACUGGCCUACAGGAGAAGUUAACUGGCUUAACUGAUCCACUGCAAGUACAGGUUCUACUUUUGACAGCUCUAUAUUUUCCCCAUACAAUUGAUUUCCAAUUUUGUCUGGAGCAUGCAGUAUUCGUUGUAGAUCAGCUUGCUGAGAGAAGUUUGUAUUUGUAGAAUUGGUCUGAUUGAGCUGGAUCGGGGGACAGCUUUCACUUUCCAACAAAAUAUUUUCAGAUGGGAUAGGCUGAGGUUUCUGCUUAAUCAUGGCCUGUGGUAGAGUCUUAGCCUCUUGCAAAAGAGCACCCUUAGCAGCAGGGUCUUGGACAGGCGCGACAACUCCGGGAUUGUUUUGAGGCUUUAAUAGCAUACGGAUUAGCUGUUCUGACCAUAGGCUUGAAACCGAGGCACGUGGAAGAUCCCCAUUUAGGUUUCCAGUACCCUGGAUGAAAGGUCUCUUUAACAGACUCUCCCAUUCAGUUUGUUCUCC